AUGAGCUUGGAUCUUGGAGCUCCUUCCUAUGAUGAAGAUAUAGCAGAGCUCCGUAGAAAUAAGUUUUUGACGAAAAAACACUCAAUCCCAGAGAAGAUGGAGUUAUACAACAGCUCGACGAAGGGAAAUCUAGAGGAUCUAAGGAAAAUAGUAGAGGAGAAGAACUAUUCGCUGGUGGAAGAAGUUUCUAAAGCAGGAUACUAUUGGACAGUAUUUCACUAUGCAUCUCAUUAUGGCCAUGCGCAGGUGCUUUAGUACCUAAUAGAUCAUUUUGAAGGGCAUUAGGACUAGUUUGACAUUUUCAAUUUGCAGACUACUGAAGGGAAAACACCCCUAUUUUGCGCAAUAUUGUCUGGGGACAUUAAGUUAGAAUAGAAGAAAGAGAUCGUUAAGUUGUGGUUCGACACUUACAAAAUUGAUCUAUCACUAAGAAAAAAGACAGGAGAAGACUUACUAGAGCUAGCUAAGAAGAAUUAAUUAUACGAGUACAUCAUUUAGUACUGCAUAAGGGAAGAUUGA